AUGGCGAUGAUGCGACUCACAUCUUUCAACAAUUCGAUGAACAAUUCGAAGCCAACCAUCACGUCCAGCGCCAUAUCUAGCCAUACGGUGCCUCAAACAAUUGGCGGACGACGAGGGACAUCGGUAUCUACGAGCGGCGAUAGUCUUACAGCGAGAUUUCUACGUCGAGAUGUUCUCACAGAAGUUGAUACAAAGGUCGCGGCACAAUCAUUGAGAACGAAACUCACAGAACUGCUCAAACUAGCCGGUUUGAACAUUCGAAAAUGGGCGUCGAACGACCGAGAGCUGCUACAAGGACUUUUCCAACAGGACGUAAACAAUGAAUUACUUCUAGGCGAAUCUCAAACUUUAAAAACUCUGGGCGUUGUUUGGAAUUCUUCUGACGAUUCGAUCCUAUAUUCCGUUAAAAUCAGUUCUACCGUCUCCCGAAUCACGAAAAGAAUAAUCAGCGCCGAAAUCGCCAAGAUCUACGAUCCAGUUGGAUUCCUUGCGCUACUGCCACUACUGAACAACGUAAGAUUUCCACGCAAAACCAUAAUCAAGUCUGCAGUCGAAAUUGAGUUACACGGAUUCUGUGACGCCAGCGAAAGGGCGUAUGGGGCAUGCAUUUACCUAAGCACCAUCACUCCAGAUAGUCAAGUCUGGACACGACUCCUCACGGCAAAAUCAAAGGUGGCUCUGCUCAAACCACAAACCAUUCCAAGGCUGGAACUCAGUGGAGCACUUCUUCACGCAUCAUUGACCACCACGGCCCUUCAAGUCCUUCAAGCACAACCAAAUAAUAUUUCUCGGACUGUUUACUGGUCGGACUCUACCAUCGUCCUUCAUUGGAUUAACACGUCACCCUAUACGCUGAAAACCUUCGUCGAUAGUGUGGCAGAAAUUCAAAGGAAGACUCACACCUCAGAUUGGCGUCAUAUUCCUACCAUGGCCAAACCAGCGGAUCUCAUAUCACGAGGGCAAACGCCCGAAGACUUUUUACGAUUAACCAUUUGGCAAUAUGGACCGGAGUGGCUACAACAAUCUGAAAAAUACUGGCCGACGUGGAACCCGGUAUUAUCACCAAUCGAAAUACCGGGACAAAAGAAGGCAACCUGUCUGACCGUGACUCCCGCCGACCACAGUCUGCUGGAGAGAUUCUCCUCUUGGCCUAAGCUAAUCAGAAUUACCGCUCGUUGCCUCCGAUGGAGACAAAAACAGGAUCGAGGAAGACCUCUAACUACACAUGACUUAAUUAGUGCGCAUAACAAACUUGUCCAGUCAUUAUAA